AUGUGGGCCGAUAAGAAGGAGAUGAUAAGGGAAUCAUGUAGAAAUCUUAGUGUGAACGAGGAGUACCUUGGAGCAUUAAGAACAAAAUCGUAUACAGAAUUUUUCAGCAAAGCUCAGACUCUAGUUAAUCAGCCAUCUUUUCUUAAUUACUGCAAUCAGAGGUUUUCAGAUACUCUUCUUGAACCCGGACAAGAAACCAUAGCAACAAUUCUGGAAUCAGCAGUAUCUCUUUCAAGAAAAUCUGAUCUCAGAGCCCUUCUCUUCAAUUACUUUGAUAUUAGUGCUGAGGCUUCAAAAAUUUGCAGCCAUCUUCUGAGAAGCAUUAAUCAACUUCAAUCCAAUUACCAGCUUGUUAAACAAGUUCUCGACACGAUCGAUGACCAUUCCCCCGAGCAAUUAGGAUUCAUCGUUCCUGAGCUUCGUGAACUAAUUUCGCUCAACAAUCCAUUAUCUGGUCUGAAUCAACAAGAUUUCAUCCGAAUCCACGACAAGUAUUCAUCAGUCCUACAACAUUUGAAAGCAAAGCGAAAAAGAAUUUCUCGGAAAAUCAAGCUAAUAAAAUGCUUCAACAAGGCUUCUGGAGCAUGUGUCACGACAGCCUGUGGUGUAGUUGCAGUUGCAGCAGUAGUCCUAGCAGCAGCACAUACACUUGUCGCAUUGACAAUGGGACCAGCUCUCUUUACUUUGCCACUGCAGCCACUGAGGAAAAAACUUCUCAAAAUUAGUGCUGUGAAAUGUGGAUUUCUAAGAAAAUUUGGAGAACAACUUGAUGUUGCAGCAAAAGGGACGUACAUUUUGAAUAGAGAUUUUGAUACAAUGAGUAGACUUGUGGUUAGGCUUCAUGAUGAAAUUGAACAUACCAAGGCAAUGAUACAAUUCUUUUUAGAUAGAAGAGAAGAUAAAUAUUCUUGGCAAAUACUGAAGGAGCUUAAGAAGAAGGAUUUUGGGUUCAGGAAACAAGUUGAGGAGCUUGAAGAACAUGUGUAUUUGUGCCUUGUCACAAUUAAUCGGGCUAGAGUUUUGGUUGUCACUGAAAUUGCCAAGUCUUGCCAGGAAAAUUCAGUCUAG